GGACUAUGACACAAACAAAAUCAAUUAUAUGUAUGCUCAGUACGUCAAGAAUACGAUGGAGCCUCUCAACAUCCCAGAUGUCUGCAAAGACAGAAGAUUUCCCUGGACAAAUGACAAAGCAGAAAAUGUAAAUCAACACAUAAAGAGUUUGCUGUGUACACCAAUAAAAAAUGGGAAAAAGAAUAAAGUGAUAGGGGUUUGCCAGCUUGUGAAUAAGAUGGAAGAAAACUCAGGCAAAAUCAAGGCUUUCAACAGAAAUGAUGAACAGUUCCUGGAAGCAUUUGUCAUCUUUUGUGGCUUGGGGAUCCAGAACACACAGAUGUAUGAAGCUGUAGAAAGAGCCAUGGCCAAACAGAUGGUGACAUUAGAGGUUCUCUCAUACCAUGCUUCUGCUGCUGAGGAGGAAACGAGGGAGCUGCAGGUAACAGCGGCUGCUGUAGUACCAUCCGCACAAUCUCUCAACCUAACUGACUUCAACUUCAGUGAUUUUGAGUUAUCAGAUUUUGAAACAACACUGUGCACAAUUCGAAUGUUCACAGACCUCAACCUGGUGCAAAAUUUCCAAAUGAAACAUGAGGUUCUCUGCAGAUGGAUUUUAAGUGUAAAGAAAAAUUAUCGGAAAAAUGUUGCUUAUCACAAUUGGAGACAUGCCUUUAAUACAGCGCAGUGCAUGUUUGCUGCUUUAAAAUCUGGUAAAAUUCAGAGCAAACUGACUGACUUAGAAACACUGGCUUUGCUGAUAGCAGCUCUAAGCCAUGAUUUGGAUCACAGGGGAGUGAACAACUCUUACAUACAAAGAAGUGAACAUCCACUGGCUCAACUGUAUUGCCACUCAAUCAUGGAGCAUCAUCACUUUGAUCAAUGCCUUAUGAUCCUGAAUAGUCCAGGAAAUCAGAUUCUCAGCAGCCUUUCCAUUGAAGAAUACAAGGCCACACUGAAAAUGGUAAAACAAGCCAUUCUUGCCACAGACCUAGCACUCUACAUAAAGAGGAGAGGGGAAUUUUUUGAACUUCUAAGGAAGAAGCAAUUUAAUUGGGAAGAUCCUACACAGAAGGAGCUAUUUUUAGCAAUGCUGAUGACUGCUUGUGAUUUAUCAGCCAUAACCAAACCAUGGCCAGUUCAGCAACGGAUUGCUGAGCUUGUAGCUACUGAGUUCUUUGAUCAAGGAGAUAAAGAGCGGAAGGAACUCAACAUAGAACCAACAGAUCUAAUGAACAGAGAGAAGAAAAAUAAAAUUCCCAGCAUGCAGGUUGGAUUCAUAGAUGCUGUUUGUUUGCAACUGUAUGAGGCCCUAACGCAUGUGUCAGAGGCCUGCUACCCUUUACUGGAUGGCUGUAGAAAAAACAGGCAGAAAUGGCAAUCCUUAGCUGAACAACAAGAGAAGAAUCUGAUUAAUGGAGAAAGCAAUCAAGCCAAACGGAACUGAGAUGCUGAUUUAACAACCACAAGCUUAAGUUCACAUAGAACACAUAGUAAUAGGGGAGUACUGCAUUUUGCUUAAACACUGUAUGAAUUUGGCUUAUGUUUUGCCACUGCUGUAUUAUUUUCCCAAAUUUCAAGACAUAGCAUGACCAUGUAUGUGCCAAGGUUAUAUAAAAAUAGUAUGUUUCUUUUAUUACAUCUGAUUGAGAUGGAAACAGAUCUGCAAGGGUAGUUUUUGCAACCCUGUUCCACAAGAAGGUACAAGUGCAGUUACUCGACUGUCCCUGAGAGCCUAUUACUUUACAGAUGUAUAUAGUUGUUUAGUGAUCAUGUUGUGGCCAGUAUCUUAAAGACUACUGCAUUUUGCACCUUUUUUCCUCUUCCAGUCUUGCUGUGUUAUGUUAUAAAAUUAAUGAGCAGUCUUGCCUGUUCUCUUCCCAGAGGUUCAGAGGAAAGAUUGGGACAAACUCUGGGGAGCCUAAUCCAGCAUAUACUAUG